AUGAUAGAGAAUUAUCUUGAAAAGCUGUUCAGAUGUAGCCUACUGACUGAGCUGGAAAUAAAACACCUUUGUGAGAUGGCAGCAGAAGUUUUCAUGAAAGAAGAGAAUGUGGUAAGUGUAAAGGCACCUGUUACUGUAUGUGGGGAUGUACAUGGGCAAUUCUACGAUCUGAUGGAGCUUUUUAAGGUAGGAGGUCUUCCGCCGUACACAAACUUUCUGUUUAUGGGGGAUUAUGUGGACCGAGGAUACCAUUCAGUCGAGACAAUUUCAAUACUGCUGUGCCUGAAAGUGAAGUAUCCGGACAGGGUGUGGCUAUUGAGAGGUAAUCACGAGAGCAGGCAGAUAACACAGGUUUAUGGAUUUUACGAUGAGUGUGUCAGAAAAUAUGGAACAUCUUUAGUGUGGAGAAGCCUCACAGAUCUUUUUGAUUACUUGCCUGUAGCAGCGGUUGUUGGCAACGACACAUUCUGCUGUCAUGGAGGACUAAGUCCAUCCUUUGAGACUCUAGAUCAGCUGAAGAGCAUUGACAGGAAGGUUGAGGUGCCUCACGAAGGGCCUAUGUGUGAUCUGCUCUGGUCUGAUCCUGAUGAACGACCUGGAUGGGGCCCAUCACCCAGAGGAGCAGGAUACACUUUUGGAAGAGAUAUAACUGAAUCGUUUAACGAGAGAAACGGAUUGAAGAUGAUAUGUAGGGCACACCAGCUGGUGAUGAAUGGAUACAACUGGAGCCAUGAGAAAGGAUGUGUGACAAUAUUCAGUGCACCGAAUUAUUGCUACAGAUGCGGCAAUCUCGCUACCCUAAUGGAAAUGGAUGAAUACGGAUCAUACAGCUUUACCCAGUUUGAGCCGUCUCCAACAAAAGUGGAGAUGCUUGUAUCCACAAAGAUUCCUGACUAUUUCCUGUGA